GACAUAAGGGAUUUACUGAAGAAGAAAGACAAAAUGCCUUUCAAAGGGCUCGGUUCACUGAAAGAAAGAUUUUUUAACCCAGGAAAGGAAAAGGUGAAGAACACCAUUAGUGACUCGCUGGGGAAUCUGAGAAGGAAAAUCGAUGGCAUCAACGUAGAGGAGGAUCACAUUGAGCUGACAGAAGAGGGGCAGCCCGUGCAGGCAAGCACCCGCAAGCCAGCGCUGUGUGAGUGCUAUUGCUGUGGGCUGCCCAAGCGCUACAUCAUCGCCAUCAUGAGCGGUCUGGGCUUUUGCAUCUCCUUUGGAAUUAGGUGCAACCUAGGUGUUGCCAUUGUGGAAAUGGUGAACAACAGCACUGUUUAUGUCAAUGGGAAACCAGAGCUGCAGACAGCCCAAUUCAACUGGGAUCCAGAGACCGUGGGACUCAUUCAUGGCUCUUUUUUCUGGGGUUACAUUGUGACACAAAUUCCAGGAGGGUUCAUUGCAAACAAACUGGCUGCUAACAGGGUAUUUGGAGCAGCUAUCUUUCUGACAUCUACACUGAACAUGAUCAUCCCUUCUGCAGCAAGAGUGCAUUAUGGCUGUGUGAUGUUUGUAAGGAUUCUUCAAGGUCUGGUGGAGGGCGUCACCUACCCAGCCUGCCAUGGGAUGUGGAGUAAAUGGGCUCCGCCGCUGGAGAGGAGCAGGUUGGCUACCACAUCAUUCUGUGGGUCUUAUGCAGGGGCGGUGGUCGCCAUGCCACUGGCAGGUGUGCUGGUACAGUAUAUAGGAUGGUCAUCUGUCUUCUACAUUUAUGGAAUGUUUGGGGUUGUUUGGUAUAUGUUCUGGUUGCUUCAUGCCUAUGAGAGUCCUGCUGCGCAUCCAACAAUAACCAAUGAAGAAAGAAUAUAUAUAGAAACAAGUAUAGGAGAAGGAGCUAGCCUGGCUAAUGCAAGUAAAUUUAGUACUCCCUGGAAGAGAUUUUUCACUUCAAUGCCAGUUUACGCAAUCAUUGUGGCAAACUUCUGCAGAAGCUGGACCUUCUAUUUGCUCCUUAUAAGCCAACCUGCUUACUUUGAAGAAGUCUUUGGAUUUGCAAUAAGCAAGGUUGGCCUUUUGUCAGCUGUUCCUCAUAUGGUCAUGACAAUCAUUGUACCCAUCGGAGGGCAGCUAGCUGACUUCCUACGGAGCAGGAAGAUCUUAACCACCACCACUGUAAGGAAGGUCAUGAACUGUGGAGGCUUUGGGAUGGAAGCAACCUUGCUUUUGGUGGUUGGUUACUCUCAUACAAAAGGAGUGGCCAUUUCCUUUCUUGUGUUAGCAGUAGGCUUCAGUGGCUUUGCCAUUUCAGGAUUCAAUGUGAAUCACUUGGACAUAGCCCCACGUUAUGCCAGCAUUCUGAUGGGCAUCUCAAACGGCGUGGGGACACUGUCAGGAAUGGUGUGCCCACUCAUUGUUGGUGCAAUGACAAAACACAAGACCCGUGAAGAAUGGCAGAACGUCUUUCUGAUCGCAGCCCUGGUGCAUUACAGUGGUGUGAUAUUCUAUGCCAUCUUUGCUUCUGGGGAGAAGCAGGAAUGGGCUGACCCUGAAAACCUCAGUGAAGAGAAAUGUGGUAUAAUUGAUCAGGAUGAACUAGCUGAAGAAACGGAGAUGAACAAUGAAACUUUUGUAAGUCCAAAGAAAAUGUACGGUGCUACCAGUCAAAAUAGUGAAGUACAGAGAAGGGAAUGGAGGAAGCAAAAGCAAGUAACUCAAGACAUGGAAGAACAGACUUCUUACCAUUAUGAAAAUGGAAAUUUUCAAGAUUUGUCUUAAUACUUGAAACUGUAAGAUUUGUAUAGCAUCUACUCCCACGACUCCUUCUGCCUAGCUGCCC